AUAACUUCUAGUCAUUCUCCUAAGUAGAUAAGUAGAUUUCCUCCUCCUCCUCCUGCUGGUGGUGGACUUCCUCCUCCUCCCGGUGGUGGAACUUCUCGGCUUACUGGUGGACUUCCUCCUCAAACUCAAAAAAAGUCUACUAUGAAGUCUUUACAUUGGGUAAAAGUAAGAGCCGUGCUGGGAAGCUUAUGGUGCGAGUAGAAGAGUCAAGGAGUAGGACAAAUUGAAAAAGAAUUUGAUCGAUCAGAAAUAAAGACACUUUUCUCUGCUGCUGCUGCUGCUACAGUGCCAACAUCGAAUGUUACACGUGCAGGUCAAAGAAAACCUCAAACAGUUCAACUGAUUGACCUUAGGAGAGCCAAUAACACGUUAAUUAUGCUUACGAAAGUAAAGAUGCCACUGCCUGAUAUGAUGGCUGCAGUGCUGGCAAUGGAUGAAACUGUAUUAGAUAUUGAUCAGAUAGAGAAUCUUGUAAGGUUUUGUCCAACCAAGGAAGAGAUGGAGCUACUUGAGAACUAUACUGGUGACAAGGAAACUUUGGGAAAGUGUGAGAAGUUCUUCCUAGAGCUCAUGAAGGUGCCACGAGUAAAAUCAAAGCUUAAAGUAUUUUCCUACAAGAUUCACUUCAACACUCAGGUAAAAGAAUUAAAGGAAAGUUUAGAAGUGGUAAAGUCUGCGUGUAAGGAGGUAAAAGGUUCUGAAAAGCUAAAAGAAAUUAUGAAAAGGAUUCUUUACCUGGGGAACAUAUUGAAUGAGGGAACUGAGAAGGGCAAAGCACAAGGAUUCAACUUGGAAAGUUUAUUAAAAUUAAGCGAUACACGUGCUGUUAACGGCAAGAUUACUCUCAUGCAUUAUCUCUGCAAGGUCAUUGCUGAUAAGAAGGUAGAUCUAUUGGACUUCCAUAAGGAGCUUGGAAGUCUUGAAUUAGCUUCAAAGAUACAAUUUAACUUGCUGGAUGGGGAAAUGAAAGAAGGGUUGGAAAAAGCAAAUCUGGAGCUCACUGCAUCCAAAACUGAUGGUCCUGUUUCUGAAGUUUUCCAUGAAAAACUGAACGAAUUCAUUACCACUGCUGGGGAUGAAUUAAAAACUGUAAAGAGAUUUUACUCCGACGUGAAAAAGGAUGUUGAUUUACUUGCGCGCUAUUUUGGUGAGGACCCCACAAGCUGUCCAUUUGAACAAGUUACUGCAACCCUCUUGGAUUUUAUAAGGUUGUUUAAGAAAGCACACGACGAGAAUGUUAAACAAGCAGACUUGGAGAAGAAGAAACACGAUAACGAAGCAAAAAUGGAGAAGGGAAAAAGGAGGCAGCUAGGGAGAAGCCACUCAAUGAGUUAAGGGAUGCAUGUGCACCCACAAAAAUAUGAAUAUUACAAAAAGAUUGUAGGCAAAAAAAUUUUUUUAAAAAAAUCUAUUAGAUAAAAUGGUUAAAACCAUGCACCCACAGGGCCGGCCCUGAAAAUAAGGGGGCCUAAGGCCAAUUUUUAACAAUUU